AUGCGCUGUGCAUGCCGCUGUGGCAGCACAGAGAACAGAGAAGCAAGGAAGAUUGGGGCUGUGUGUGCGUGUUUUCUGCGCAUCAAGCCAUUACCUCGUCAAAGCUCUCGUCAAGCAAGUGGUGCAGGAAGCAAUGAGGUUGGGUUACCAAGGCGCAAGAAUGUGGGAUUUUCUGGCUUGCCCCAUUCAUGCAAGGACUGUGGAGCCGGCCAUCAUGUCCAUCGAAGCAACACAGGAGCCAAAGCCAAAGUGGUCACAGUUACUUUGGCUGGAGGACUCGCCCAGCAAGAAUACACUUGUCAUUGGUAA